AUGUCGCAAACGAAAAGGUUCAAAUAUGUGGACUCGGAGAAGCUUCACGCCCAGGUGCUGGAGAUGCCCUACAGGGGUGACGCCAUGUCCAUGGUGGUGCUCCUCCCGCGAAGUGAGAGAGCCAAGGAGGUGGACAGGCUUGUCCAACGCCUGAAGCCCAAGGUACUCGCGUCCGAGUUGAAGGCGAUGCCCUCCGUCUCGCUGAGAGUCAAGUUUCCUAAGUUCAGCGUGGAGAGUACUCUCGGGAAUGAACUCAUUUCGACUCUAGGGAAAAUGGGAAUCCGUGACCUUUUCUCCUCCACCGCCGAUCUGACCAACUUCGCACCUAACGGAGGACUACAUGUGAAUGGAGGGAUGCACAAGGCCCUUAUAGAGGUGGACGAAGAAGGCGCAGAGGCGGCAGCGGCGACGGCUCUUUAUGUGUGUCUCGUCAAGGCCUCCAAAGACGACGUUCACGUGCAACCGGCCCUUCGUUUUCUACAUUCAAGAUAA